AUGGAUCUUGUUCAGUCCUCGGUUUUACUAUCAAACGAUGUCGUCUUUCUUCGGGUGAUCAUUCGAUAUGGCGAACGCUUAUUUUACUGGAAUGAACACCACUUGGAAAAAUUGUUUGCUGGUCUACGAGAAACUAUUAAUUCUCUCAUUUUUAUUCACAAUGAUUGCUAUAUCUCUAAAGAGAAGCCAAAACUAUCUCCCCAAUACAGUAGGCAGAUGCUCAAGCAGGCUAAUGACAGCCUUCACAAUCCAAUCACGUUUGUAGCUAAUUUCAACUUUGACUGUGAUUCCGAAGACACCGGUCCUCGUGUCGAAUUUAAGCCACCACAGAAAGUUCCAUGUGCCAUGCAUCAGUUGAAUGUCGAUGCUUUUUUUGCUGUCGACCCUGAAAUUGUAGAAGGGGAUCUUUUUGAUACUCUUCGAAGUAACGUUUCGGAGUUUCUGACUUCAUACAAUGAAACACUGAAAUCGAUCUUGGCCAAAGAGAAGUCAAUUCCACGCAGUCUAACGGCCUACUAUUUCCACCACGAGGAUAAACUGAUUCGCGUGUUCUACCCACCAUUCUGCGAGAAGGAACUUCAGUGGCGUGAGGCAAUUCACAAGGGUCUCGAUUUGCCCCGAAAACCAAUCAUACGCCGUGGUCUGGCCAUUUUUCCCACCCGAAGCUUCAAACGUCUCCUGGGUCCAAACGAAGAAAAUCUCGUCUGUCCCCACCUCCUGAUUCCGUCUUCUGGUCCGAAUGCCGCGUCAGCCGACGGCAACUGUGAGAUUAUUCGUGGAAGGUACACGUACAAGCACUACUUGCAGGAUGGAAUCGACGACAAGAACUGGGGCUGUGCUUACCGCUCACUGCAGACACUUGCCUCGUGGUUACUGUGGCAGGGAGUGGUCGCCCCGCUGCGCGAAUUGCCCACCAUCAAGUGCAUUCAGGAGGCGCUUGUUCGCGUCGGCGACAAAACUGCAAAAUUCAUCGGUUCUCGGCAGUGGAUCGGCUCGCUCGAGGUGAGUUUUUGCCUGCAAGAGUUGUAUGGAGUGCAGUGCCGUCUUCUUCCAGUAUCACGAGGCGCCGAAUUCACAGCUACGGCUGCAGCCGUGUUGGCGGGUCACUUCGCCUCCGGAGGGGGCCCGGUUAUGGUAGGCGGUGGCCAGCUUGCCCACACCAUUGUCGGCGUCAACACCAGUGGACCCCGUGCUCGCUACCUCAUCCUCGAUCCCCACUACACCGGACAACCCGGCAAUGUUGCAACCAUCCUCGGAAAGGGCUGGGUGGGAUGGAAGGACGAGGGGUUCUGGCGGGCCGAUGUUCCCUAUAACCUGUGCUUGGUGCCUCCCGUUGACGCCGGGGCCAUAUAA